AGGUGAUGUAGCAGAUGCAAAGAUUGGUCAAUUGGAGGGAGUGAUCCAACGAUUGCGGGAGCGGGAGCAGAAUUUAGAGAAGAGGUACCACGAAGGCGAUCUGGUGAGUCUGGGAAAAAGUCUGAGGUACAUCUCUUUUUUGAUUGAAGAUAUUGUCAGAAUGACGCGGAAAAGCGCUUCGUGAAUUCAUUGAUGAAGUUUUCGAAAGACGUGCACGAAAAGGCAUUGGUAGCGAAAGAGAACGAACUCCGAAGGCGCGACAAUAUGGUUACCACUCUUCAGCAAAAGGUGGUGAAGCUUGAGUCCACAUUAGCAAAAUUCCUUAAAGACAAAGGCAAGGGAAACAACUUCAUUGUACCUGCCCUCAAAGAGAAAUCGAUGCUCGAUUUGAACAUGUGGAUGUCGUCUCCCUUGACGGAUUUCAAUGCCCCGAUAUUGGCCGCUAAUGCUACGAACGCCACUGAUAUUGAUUCUACGCUCCCACUCGCAUUUUCGCAACCUCCAGAAAUUUCUCUACCACCUGUUCCGCCAACCCAAGGCGCCAGACCGUCACGUUCUCCUAAGACUCCGACAUUUGCCAAACUCGAGGAAGACAUUUCAGACUUUGACGACAUCCCGUUGACAAAACUCGGAAAGCGGAACAGGCCUGCGUCUCCUUCGAACAAGGCUACGCAAGAUACGAGUGCUCGCCCGGCCAGAAGAGGUAGAUUCGCCUCGCGCAAGGGAGGUGAGAGUCACGACCAGACCCAAAUGGGCGAGAAGAAGAAAGCGGAAAAUACAAAAGUGAAGUCAAGGAAACGACCUUGAGUUUUUCUUCCUUCAAUGGAGAUUGCUCAAUUUCGAAAUUAUGUACUUUGUUCGACACCCAUUGUAACUCUUCAUUGAUAAUGCUUAUUCCGAAAUAUACAGAAUGCCCAGCAUGUU